AUGUCAGCCUUGGCAGCCGACCCCGACGGCGAUGACAGCCUCCAGAAGCAAGCAAGGCUUGCGGCGCGUGCUGCCCGCUUCAACAAUGUCCUUCCAGGCAACCGCUACAAGGAGCUCGAGCAGCUGCGAAGCAAAGAGCGCAAGGCAUUCUUGGAACAAGGUCUCAUCACCUCGGGCAAGACGCAGCUUGACGCCGCCAUCGACAUGCGCGGCUCAUGCGAGGGCAUGUGUUCCGAGUACGAGAUGGAGUUUCGCGAGUUUACAAAGGAGAUCCACCCCUUUGAGGCUACACCUCAGCGUCGAAUGGACCACUCCAAGGCGGUCGCGGCGUAUACAAGAUCGGACGCCGGAGCUGGCCAUGGUGAGGCUGCCAUUCUUCCCUCCGACUUGCGAACACCUGCUGCUCUGACCCGCUCGCUCGACUACUUGAUCAACCAGAUCAUGCCGCUCCAGCCCCCGCCAAACCCCAACGCCGUCAACCCUCCAGCGCCCACUGCGCGUCGGGCGUUGGGUUACACUGCCGGCUACAUUCGUGACCGCACUCGCGCAAUCCGCAAGGAAUUCGCCAUCCAGUCGUCGUGGGGACACGACGAGGCUAUUUCCUGCUUUGAGCGUAUUGCCCGAUGGCAUAUUCUUUGUCUGCGCGAGCUGCAAGAGGAGACCGGAUCCAACACCGACAUGCACAUUGACUCGGCCGAGCUGGGGCGCGCCUUCACCUCUCUUCGACAACACUACAACGACCGCAGGGAAGAGCUGCGCGUGGACAUGCCGUGCCCCAACGAGCCCGAGUUUAGGGCGUACAUGCUCAUCUACGAUCUGAACAACAAGUCGGUGUCGAUUCCCAUCUCGGAACUUCCUUCUGUCAUUCUCAACCACCCGCUCGUCCAACUGGCCUUCCAGAUCCGCCAGGCUGCCCAGCGCAACUUUGACAGCCAAAAGGAGGGUUCCAAGCUCAAUGCCGAGCUCGGUGCCAACCUCAUCACCCGCUUCGUUCGCCUUCUCAAGCAGGGCAAGGUGCCUUACCUGCUCUCCUGCCUCGUCGAAAUCCGGUUGCGUGAAAUGCGGCGCAGUGCCAUUCGCGCCUUGACACGCACGUACCCAAAGUUCAAGCAGGGACAAGGACCCACUCGCCAAAACGAAAACGGGGAGGUUGUGGAGCGCCGCAUGAUCCUCAUGGCCAUGCUAAACGGUCUCCUGGGUGCUGAGGAGCAAGAAGACGAGGAGACGGCUUGGGACGACGUGUUUCCGACAAGCAAGAAUCCCAAUGACGAGUCUGUCGACAUUGUGGAACGGUUCGGCAUCGAAGUGUACAAGGACCACACCGGCCCAGUCGGCGCAUUGAUUAACCACGGGUCCCGCUACAACGACAACAAAGACGCACCCUUCACCCGCCGCUGGAAGUUUAUCAGCCAAAAGAAGGGCACCUCGUCGUACUCGGAUGUCGUCAAUGGCCGCGCCGGUGUCGCCGUGGACGGCGGUGCGGCUACUGCUGCGGUCACUACCACAUCGACUUGGCAGCCUCCGCCCAAGGUCACACCGCCAGUUCAACGUGCGCCAGUCGUUCCUGUUGUCAGUGCACCUACUGUCACGUCUACAAACGGUGCCGCUGCAGGAGCUUUUGCAAAGGGUGGUGCUUUUACCGGCGGCAGUGCCUUUGCCGCUCCGUCUGGUAGUUCUACUGGUGCAUUCUCCAACGGCUCUGCAUUCUCAAAGGGCAGCGCUUUUGCCAAUGGCUCUGCUGCCCCCACCACCCAGGGCCCAAGUGCCUUCUCCCAACCCACCAAGACUCCUCCUGCUGUUGGCGCAUUUGCAUUCAACAACAAAGGUGGUAGUGCCUUUGCCCCGAGCGGUGGGUUUACCCCUCCUGCAGUCGAGCAGCCCAAGCCCACUCCUCCUGCUACACCAUCUGUCACCAUCUCUGCCCCACCAUCUACUACCCCGGUGGCCACGCCUCCAGCCAUUCCGAGCUUCUUCGGAAAGAAAGAGGCUCCGGCCCCAUCCACAACGCCAAAGGCUCCCCCACCGUCCGUCUUCCCUUCAUUCUCCAAGGUGCAGCCGCCCCCAGCAGCAAAGGUUCCCACUCUCUUUGACGACACGGCAACAGCUCGCCCAUCAAAACGAAAGACUGUUGUGUCCACGCCGUCCAUCUCCGCCCCUAAUCCCAGCUUCUUCCCCUCCGCAGCACCGCCCACAGGACCUACUGCCGCCCCUCCGCCCGCCCAAGCAUCACCACCGACUUUUUCAGCUCCCACUUUUGCGCCACGACCAUCACCUUUGGCCCAGCCCGUCAAGAAGGCGGUGGUCAAGCCUCCUACCAAGCCCGAGAUCCCCAAAAUCAAAAUCUCGCGCGAUGUGAUGAGGCUGUUACCGUCUCAGCUCCGCGACCGCCUUGUCGAACAAGUCGUCGCCAACAUGGUUCAGGAUCGCAUGCCCAUGCUCGAAAAGAUCAACCACGAGCGUGUGUUGGCCCACGAAUAUGUCGAGGAGCGCAAGACUCGACAAGAGGUGCUUCAACGCGCGGCACCGGUCAUCUGCCAGACCAUGCUCAACGACUACAUUGCAGUCCUCGCCAAGGAAAUGUACGAGCGUGAAAAGCGGAUCCGCGCCAGAGUCAAAGACGCGGCCCUUCACUGGCGUCGAUGGGCAGCGCGGCGCUUGAGGGAGCGCGAGCAGUUCAUUGCCAAGCGGGAACGCAACUUUGCAAUGUUGUCUGGCCAGGGUCUUUCGCGUUCCAUGGCCUCGUUUGACUCAAAGUUGCUCGACGUCUCGCGGAGACAAUCCGUCGCAUCCUUGGGGUCGGUGUCAAUGUCGCGCGCACCGUCGGCCCUCAGCUCUUCCUCGGCUAUGGGAUCGACCAUGCCAGAGGUCGAGAUAGUUCUGGAACUGCACCAAGCCGAGAACGCAAGGUUGCGGCUGUUUGAAAAGACGUCGUUCCUCCACGACAUUGCCCGACAUGUUGCUCCCCUCAUUCAGCCAAGCGAGGAGGACCCGGAACCCUUGUGGGAGACCAUUCUCCUCACCGCUGAGCACUCUGGAACACCCGCCAAUGCCCAGGCGCGGCAAUGGCUUGCGUCCAAGUUUAUCCCCAAGGCAGAGGAGCUCCACUCGGACGGCGUCGACUUUAUCGCCUCGACCGCGGAUGUUCAUGGCGAUCUGCCUGGAUCCGUCGACACGGGCUUGUUCGUCUUUGAAGCGCCUCUGGAAACCUUCAACAGCCGGUCCAUGGAAUUCAACGCCGACGACGCCAACGACCGUCUUGCUGCUGCUUCGGGUAGGCUGCAGCAAGGUGCGCGUUACCACUCGGCGCUACUGCUUCUGACAUGGCAAGACGAGUCCUUUGACGAGUUGGUCGAGCGUCUGCAGAUCCAGGAUGCUGUCGCCGAGUUUGAGCACGUCGACCUUGUCUGCAUCGACGGCAUGGAGGACCUCGACGACCGAUUUGCACGUGCCGUGCGCGCACUCGUCCCGCGCGAGCCGCGUAAAAAGCACGUUGUUCUCCCGAUGGUGAAUGUGGUCUAUCAGCUCGAGCAACCGUGGACCGACUAUGUCCUCCUUGUCGCCAACAUCUUGGCACAGUUUCCGUCAAACGGCAAGCUCAUCGCCACCGUGGUCACCGAGACACUCACGGCGCUGUCUGCAGUGCGGGAAUCGAUCCAAGCCGAAAUUGACGACUUGCCCGUGAGCCAUUUGUCGACAUACGACGCUACACCGCUGCCACCGCUGGACAUCCAGGCGACCGACAUUCCUGGUGUAGUCACGGCCUUGUCAGAGUACCUCUCCUUGCCAAUCUUUGGCGGGGUGGACGACAUUGCCCUAGCUGUUGGGCCACUGCGUCUCGGUGCUGUCAACGGAACGCCGCUCCCGAUCCUUCCGGUCCUGCAUGCACUCAGCAACGUCGUGUUCAGCCAGCUGGAGCGCCAAACCCUCAAGUUGGACCAGUGGUUCGUCCCGCCUCACCACGGACACGCAACGGGUCAGCUGGCCUCAAGAAUGUGUCAGACCAUGUUCAAGGCGUUCCACGCCGCUUCCAACCGUGUCGCAGCCGCCCGCAGCUCUGCACAAGCGCAAGCCGAGGCGCGUCUCAAGCAAGAACAGCAGGCAAAGCUCGCCCUCGCCAAGCGCACACCAUUGCCGCCAUCCCCUCCCAAGGCCUCGCAAAGGAACAAGGGCACCAAACGCAGUAUCGACGAGACUGGCUCGCCAGCAAGCAAGUCUGCAAAGACCGCACGCUUACUCCACAUGCUGGCCGAGGUCAAGUCGACCAUGAACCAACUCGACGCGGGCAUGUCCGUCGAGUGGCAGCGAGUAGAGUAG